UUACAUCUCUCUAUCAAUGAACUCGAAAACUCCCGCUUCCAUUCGUCUUCCUCAAUACCCAUUAAAUCGCUCUUUCUCUCCUUCUUUGUCACUCCUCCCCACCUCUCUCUCUCUCUCUCUCUCUCUCUCUUCCCCUGUGCCCUUCUGCAGGUUCUCUACCACAAUGGGCAAGGUCUCCGGAAAAACCAAGAGGCCAGAGAAGUUGGGCAAAGGGCUGGUGACCCCCAUCCAGGUGGCCUUCAUUGUCGACAGGUACCUCAUCGACAAUAACUAUACUCAGACCUUCUCCGUCUUUAGGUCCGAGGCUUCCGCCCUUCUCUCCAAAUCUAAGAUGAAGGAGGCGCCAAAGAGUUUGUUGAGUUUGGAGGACAUAUUGAACGAGUAUAUAUCGUUGAAGGAGCAGAGAGUGUUCCUGGAUCAAGAGAAAACCAGGGUGGAGAAGUUGUUGCAGGGGAUGCAGGAGGUGAUGAAAGCCUACCAAUCGUCAGAUCAUGCCGCCAUUUCUACUCGGCCGGAACCUGUGCCUUCAACGACCACAGCCAAUUCUGUGAACACAAAUCCAGUGCCUACGCUGCGGAAUGUGGCAUCACACAGUAGUACUACUUCUAUGGUUCCUACCAUUUCUUCUCAAAACAAUAAGAGGAAGGUGUCUGGAUCUGUUCCUCAACCAUACUCGUCGGCCAAGAAAUCUUUCCCCCAGGUCCCUGCAUAUAUUCCUAACAGAACAGCUAAUAGACCACAGCCACAAGAAGUCGGCCAUGUCACUGGUACAGGUCAAACCUUUACAGGGUAUUCUAAGACACAGACAAUUUCCCAUGAUCAGAUUCUUCCCAGCUCAUUACUUCAAGGGCAACCUGUUUCAAACAGUGAACUUCAUCAGUCUUAUACUCCAGAAGGAGAAUCCUCCUCCCCCAAAACUCCACAGCAGCACUCCUUGCAAACUGAUGCAUAUUGCUCUCCAAUGGAGACAGCAUCCCCCAACCAAUCAACUGUCCUAUCACCUGAAGUAACUACGGCUAAUGACUAUGUUCGUCAAUCUGGUGCAAAUGAAAAUACAUCUUCCGGUUGUGGCAUGUACGAAGACUGCCAGCAAUUUUGUUCGCCUUCAAAAUUUGGUACAAAAAGGUCGGGCAAAAUGGGACACAUAAAGGGCAGAUUGGAUUUUGAUGAUUCCAGCACGGCCGUGAACUCUGAGCGAUCCAUAUCUGAAUCUCCUGGUCCUCUUACGGUGGGUGCAAAAGAGGGAGUUUUUGAUAUAGAUGACCUUCUAAACUUUGGUAUUCUCGACAACGAUGUGUCACUUUCGUAUCUGAUUGAUUUUGAGUUCGAUUCUCAAGUAGCAGCUCUUGCUGAUCAGUCAUCAUUAGAUCCAGCAACCAAACUUAUCUCAAGCCCAUGUGUUGAAAAAGAGAGGAAUUCGAGAAUUGGUGGAGCCUUCUCAAACUUUCCUCGCUCAAAUGCAGUCGUCCUCUCUGAGAGAGACAUGAACAGCGGAACAGUUGAUGAUAGUGCGCAACUUUCUAAGCCACUACCUGCAUGUAUUAAGGCUAAUAGCCCUGGCAAAAAAAGGCAAAGGUUUUCUGUGGAUCAAGAAAAUGUGCUGAUAUUAUGAUCAAUUGCAGCAGUUCGUUUAUUCUUUUUGGCAUGCCUCCAAAGCACAAGUUGGCAUCUUCCACGGUGUCUAGCCUGCCAUUUAAUGAUUCAACAAUCUCUGACGUGCUCAAAAGUGUUGGUGCUAGAUGAUUCUUUAGACUGAACCUCCGUUUUUUUUAAAUUUUUUUUAACUGUUUUUUCUUGCGCAGCUCUCCUCAUGAUAGUUAAGUGUACUAAACAAAGGAUACUGAACAGUGCUUAAUCAGUAACUUAACCGGAACUUACUCAUGUAUCUCGAAUUUCUAGUCUUCUGUUUGUAGAAACGGGUUCGGGUUCAACUGUAAUCAUGUAUUUGAGCUAGAAAUGGAUAAAACUAAAGUGUUUCUCAGUGA